AUGUUUAAACGAGUCCUCGGUCUCGAUAGAAUAAGCCGUGCCCAGUUCAACGAGGAUAGCGAUGCAUCAGAUAGUGACGAUGAUGGCGAUGAGUUCAAGGAGCUCAGUGAUAAACAGAAGCGGAGACUACAGCGUGCUAUGAUGCCCCUAUCAGCUAUCGUAGAGGGUGACACUUCCUGCAGUAGUUCCUCUGAAGGAGAGGAAGAGUUGAUAGAAGAGGAAGACGAAAUGGGUGAUGACGGAGACGAUGGACACGAGGUUGUACCCAAGGUUAAUGCUUAUGCUGAGCAAUUCCGGUGUCAUCUAUGCCCUGAGAAACUAUUACUUAGCCACGGUGAUCUUGAAAAGCAUGAAGCCAGUAAGGCCCAUUUGAAUCGUCUCCACCGGCAACAACAACAACAACAAGGAGGGAAGGAAUCUGGUCCAGGAGAUGCGGGAGAUGAUGAGAAAGCCCCCUACAAGGCAGUCUCUUCUACCACGGCUGCAGACUCCAAGGCACCACACGCGGAAGAUGCAGCCUCCUCUCCAGAUAAGAUAAGCCGUAAAAUGAAACGUAAACUGAAGAUGAAGGAGAGACGGGUUGCCAAUAAGAAGCGUACCCUCAACGAGGGCGAGAUCGCUGUUAAGAAGGCCAAAUUCCAAGCUAAGAAGGAUCGUCGCCAGCAAAAGAAAGCAAAUGCUGCUAAUGAUACUCAAUAG